UAGCCGUGCAAAAACAAUUGAACGCCGGCGUCAUCUUAUAAACUUCAGGCCAGGGGAGGAGGAGAGGAGAAGCCAAAUCAUAUGGGGAGAGAGAAUUCCUAUUAGGAAUAGAUUUAAAAAAAAAAAAAAAUUAAAAAAUCAAAAAGAAAAAAAAAAUCUCAAAAAUGGAUUAUUGUACUCUCCCCUUGUGGGCCCUCCUCCUUAGCAUCGCCACCGCCUACGCGGCGGCGCCGUUUAACCUCUCCACCAUCACCUACGGGGAAGGCUAUUCCCCUCUUUUCAGCGACUUCAAUAUCGAACGCUCCCGAGACGACAAGAUCGUACGCCUCCUCCUCAACCGUAAAUCCGGGUCGGGCAUAAUUUCUACAGAAUAUUAUAGCCAUGGGUAUUUUAGCGCCAGCAUUAAAUUGCCGUCGGAAUACACUGCCGGAAUCGUUGUUGCAUUCUACACAUCAAACGUGGACAUGUUUGAGAAGAACCAUGAUGAGCUAGACAUAGAAUUUUUGGGGAACAUAAGAGGGAAACCAUGGAGGUUUCAGACCAAUAUGUAUGGCAAUGGCAGUUUGUCUCGAGGAAGGGAAGAGAGGUAUCGGUUGUGGUUCGAUCCAAGCAAAGAGGUGCACCAAUAUAGCAUUCUUUGGACUCCCAAAAACAUCAUUUUUUACCUAGACGAGAUGCCCAUAAGGGAAGUUGUGCGCAACCCAGCAAUCGGCGGCGACUUCCCAUCAAAGCCGAUGUCUCUAUACGUAACAAUAUGGGACGCCUCCAACUGGGCCACCAACGGCGGCCGGAACAGAGUGAACUACCGAUACCAGCCCUUCGUGGCCGAAUUCAGAGACCUCGUACUGGAAGGCUGCGCCGUGGACCCCAUCGAACAAAUCCCGUCCACCAACUGCACCGACCGCCACGCCGCCCUCAUGGCGCAGCGCUACGCCACCCUCACGCCGGAGCAGCAUCAGUCCAUGAAGUGGUUCCGCGAGAAAUACAUGUACUAUUCCUAUUGCUACGACGUCGUUAGGUACGCCGCGCCCCCGCCCGAGUGCGUCUUCGUGCAGUCCGAGCGGGACAUGUUUAAGUCCAGUGGUAGGCUGAGAGAGCGGAUGAAGUUCCACGGAAGCCACCGGAAGCACCGCCGUUGCCGGACCUCCAGACGGCGAACUCAUGCCGGUAUAGCCCAAAUCUAACGGCAAUUUAUAUCGUGGACCAGGCCGUGGUAAUCAUUUUAAUUAAGGGUUUGUUUUUUUUGGAAAUCAAGUUUCCAGUUUCUAUCUAUCUUGUGUAUUUGUGUUAAUAUUCUAUGUAUCUUUUGAAGGCAUUCUGUGUAUUGUAGACUAUGAUUCUGUGUAUUCAUGUUAGAGGUAUUAAAUAUAGGUUGUGACGUGUUUUAUGUAUUCGAAUGUUAAGAGGAUGGUUUCUGUGUAGUGGUUGUGUCAAUAUUGUGUAUUCCCUCAAGUCAUUUUGUGUAUUCUAGACAAUGAUUUUGUGUA